AUGUUUCGAAAACUAAAAUCAGUGUUUUCUAGACCAAAGUUAGCACCUGAGCCUUUAGUUCCCAAGAAUGAAGAUACCCCUCCACCACCAAAGGCAUCAACAGGCCAGGAUGAAAAUAAAACAACAAAUGAACCACCAAAAGCAGAGGCCAAUAAUAAAGCAGAGCCUGCACCAAAGCAACAAGAUACAGGAUCAGAAAAAGCACCUGAGCCUUCAAAACCUGAAAACUCAACUGAACCAGCUAAGACAACUCAACAGGAAGGRCAAGAAGAUGCUAACCCACAGAAGCCAACACGUUUCCAAACAAAUGAGUUUGCUGAUGCCCAGCUUCAAGAGAUUAUCAAAAARUUGCGUGAAAGGGCAAAUGUCUAUAAGGAAAAGCUGAACGACCCAGUGAUAUCUUCACCUGAAGCAAGUCCUCCAUCUUCACCAAAGAAGCCUCCCCCACCAAAAGAAGAAAAAAAAGAUGAAAAAAAAGAAGAAAAGAAAGACGACGCAGAAGCAAAGCCAGAGGAGGAUCAUUACUGUGAUAUGCUGUGCUGUAAAUUCAAAAAACCUCCACUGAAAAAAUACAAGGAGUAUAUGAAGCUGCCAGAUACCAUUGACUCAUACACAGAUCGCCGUUACGUGGCCUGGCUCAUGCUUGUGACAAUCGCCUACAACUGGAAUUGCUGGUUCAUUCCCCUCCGCUAUGUGUUCCCAUACCAAACCCCCAGUAACUCAAUAUAUUGGUUUGUCAUUGAUUUAAUGUGUGAUAUCUGCUACCUGUGCGACUUAACCAUUUUCCAGCCCCGAGUGCGAUUUAUCAAAGGGGGAGAUAUYAUAUCAGACAGAAUAGAGACGAAGAAAUUCUACCACAGCUCUGUGAAGUUUCGGCUUGACGUGAUAUCAGUGUUGCCAUUUGACCUUUUAUCCUUCAUUUUUGGAUUUAGUCCAGCAUUUAGAGCAAACAGGGUACUAAAGCAUAACACGUUCUUUGAGUUUAAUGAUCGUUUGGAAGCUAUUAUGGAAAAAGCAUACAUCUACAGGGUUAUUCGAACAACUGGAUACUUGCUGUUCAUCUUGCACAUUAAUGCAUGCCUGUAUUACUGGGCUUCAGACUACGAAGGGAUUGGCAGCACUAGAUGGGUGUAUGAUGGCGAAGGAAACAUGUACCUGAGGUGUUACUACUGGGCAGUUCGCAGUUUGAUCACCAUCGGUGGCCUUCCAGAACCAGACACGCUGUUUGAGAUMAUUUUUCAACUGCUGAAUUAUUUCAUGGGCGUCUUUGUCUUCUCCAGCUUAAUUGGUCAGAUGAGAGAUGUAAUUGGAGCAGCAACAGCAGGACAGAACUAUUUUCGUUCCUGUGUGGACAACACCGUCUCCUAUAUGAACACCUAUUCUAUUCCAAAAUUGGUGCAAAAUCGUGUCAGAACUUGGUAUGAAUACACAUGGGACUCUCAAGGAAUGCUGGAUGAAUCAGAAUURCUGGAGCAGAUGCCAACCAAAAUGCAAUUGGCAAUCGCAAUUGAUGUGAACUUUGCCAUUGUCAAUAAAGUGGACUUAUUCAAAGGCUGUGAUACCCAGAUGAUAUACGACAUGCUGCUGAGGUUGAAAUCCAUUGUGUAUUUACCUGGUGACUUUGUCUGCAAAAAGGGAGAGAUUGGCAGAGAGAUGUACAUCAUCAAACAGGGUGAAGUUCAAGUCCUUGGAGGCCCUGAUGGUACCAAAGUGCUGGUUACUCUAAGAGCAGGAGCUGUGUUUGGGGAAAUCAGCCUCUUAGCUGCAGGUGGAGGAAACAGAAGGACUGCCAAUGUGGUGGCUCAUGGUUUUGCCAACCUCUUCAUUCUGGACAAGAAAACACUCAAUGAAAUCUUGGUGCACUAUCCUGACUCMGAAAAACUCCUCAUGAAGAAAGCAAAGGUGCUGCUGAAGCAGAAGGGGAAACCUCCUCCAGGACCACCAGCGCCACAACCMCGGGGCUUGGCCAGUCUCUUUGGGCAGAAACCAGAAACUCCGAAAUUGUUUAAAGCAAUGCUUGGAGGAAAAGGAAAAGACGGCCUUGCUAAGCUGCUGCAGCUGAAGAGACAGCAAGAGGACACUCAAGAUGAACCAGAGUCCAAGCCUAAAGAAGAAGCGAAGCCGCCUGCAGAGCCUGCAGCCCCCUCUAAACCCCCUGCUCAAAAGGAAGAGCCAAAAGCAGACAGUAAGCCUGCAGUAAUGAAGAAAACAACCAGUAAGGAGUCCCUAAUCAUUAGUAUGACACCAUCCCCCAGAGCAGGAGAAGGGGAGAUCCUUAAAGUUGAAAUUAAAGAGAAAGAAAAGAAAUAG